AUGGACGGGUCACAACGACCUGAGCUCAUGCGCUCUCCUCGAUCUGAUUCCAGUGAUCGCUCUGGAUACAGCUCCGGAAGUGCUACGGAUCGAGUGGGAAAAGAGGACGUCAUGAUAACUUCGUCCCUCUCCCCCGAGCCACCGGCUCCCCCUCGGACCCGAUCCCCUUUGGCCCGAUCGCAUCUUCGCUCUCGAUCACUGGUUGGAAUACCCGGCAUGCCAUCGAUGACGCGCGCCUAUUCUUCCCCUGGGAUGGACUCCCGGGGAAGAUAUAUCUUCGUCAAUGGCCGCGGGGUUCCUGCACCCUCCGUGGAUGGCGCAAAGCGGAUCAUAAUGCCCUUGCAGAUGCGCGCCGACGAUCACAUCGAGACUCGUCUGGGUUCGCUCAACAUCUCCGAGACCAUUUCUGAGAACGCAGAGCUUGAGACUACCCCGCGGUCACCCACAUCGCAGCCCGGGUCCUCGCCGGUGCUCAUGCCGCAGACCUUCCCCCGUGUCGGGCGCAUACGCUCAAUCUCUCCCCUCCACUUCCAGCAACCCAUCAGCAGUCCUCCCUCUUACCAUUCCUCGCCCUUGCUCGGCGGCAAGUACAACGAGUCGUACCCGAACCUUUCAACGUCUUCCACUUCAUCCAUGCCCUCUACCCCGACCAGUCUUCGAUCUCGGAGCCCCAGCAUUUCGUCGCUGGAAACUAUUCCCGAUAUUCCUGACGAAGAGGAGGAGGAUGCUUUUGAAGACGAUCGCAUCGCUGAGCUCAAGGCUGCAGCCGAUGCCGCCGAUGCCGCGGGCAACACAAACCGCCGCCGCGGAGCUUCCGAUACGUCUCCGUCUACUGCCUUCAACACGAUGCGCGGCGGAUCCAAUGCAUAUGCCCCACGCAGCGAGAAGCGCAAACGAUGGAGUGUGUGCGGUGCCGAGCGACGGCAGGAUCUUGACUUGGAGACCAUCUGGGAAGAUUGA